GGCAUAGUGUGGUAAACGAGGCUCAGAUCUAAGCAGUCUUGUGUAACUUGAGAUCCCGCGGCUCGAGUUUCGAUGGCUUGCAGGAUUGCCAGUUAAAGAGGUUUGAGCCUGCUGGUCAUUGGUUGUCAUGGGCGCGAUAGACGAGCAGGUAGGGCGGACGCUAACGCGCGGCUCGCCGCAUCCCUGGAACUUUUUCUUCGCGUCGUCUCGUCUCCCGAAAGCUUGCCUCCCUACUCUGUCGCCUCGACGCACCGCAUUGUAUCCUCUGGGGCUUCCCUGCGGCGUGCUCGCCAAUGUCUGUAUGCCUGUGCAGCUUCCGGGCAUUGUCGCGCUCUCGCACUUCCUCAUCUAAGACGCUCGCGCCGUUCCUGUACCAGACGGCGACUAUCCAACAACGCAAUCCCAUCUCGCGCCGCCACGCUUCCGAUUCAUCGCGUCCGAACCGGCCACAUGACGUCCCCUUUGAAGGCGAGGAGCUCCCGCCGACGGUGGAUGAGGCGAGUGUGAACCGCAGGACCACGAUCACGGGCUCCGAGCGCGCCGCCUUCGAGAAGCUCUACAAGAACACCAAAAGGGCAGAGGAGCAGAAGCUCAACGAGCAUGAAUUGGAUCAAAUAGCCGACGAGUACUACGAGGAUGAUGACGAUAACAGCACGGACAAGUCUUCCGCGUCGUUAGACGACCUCUUCGAUGCGGUGCUCUCGGGCAAAACGGACAAGCCGACGCGUUCAUUCACACCGGCACGGGCGCGGAGACAGGGGCCGUCUACUGAUCUGGAGUCCCUUGCCAAGGAGCUCCUUGCAGAACCGGCAGAGCAAGAGAAGAGGCGGAAGAAGGAGGAAGCCGUGGAGAAGCAAAAGCGCGUCAAGGCAUUGCGAUCCUCAGAGAAGGAACGGAUCAAAGCCCUCUUCGAAGCCGCGCCCACCGACCAAGCCCUCUGGGCCGUCCUCGAGAAAGAGGUCCUCUCCGUAAUCCGCGGCAUGGACCUCGAAAACGGCCCCGGCAUGUUCAGCCCCAAGUCCAAGACCAACUCCAAGUCCAAACUCAAGUCCCUCUCAAAGCCCUCCGUCUCCGGCCACAAAGGCGACCCCUCCCCCACAGACCCCACCAUCGUCUACCCAAACUACUCCUCCCACCUCAUCGCCGCCGCCAACACCCUCCGCAAAAACUUCCCCGCGUCCCCGCUCAUGUUCAACAUCCUGCCCACCGUCAAAGACCUCGGCCGCUCCUCGUACGCACUGGGCGCCAGCACAGGCCUCUACAAGGCCCUCAUUCGCGCCGCCUUCCGCCGCGACAACAACUACCCCCAGAUCUGCGCGCUGCUCCAGGACAUGGACAAUGGCGGCAUCGAGUACGACUUCAGCGUGCUCGCCUUCGUCGACGAGAUCCUCGCGACGCACGCGGGCGCUGACAAGGGGCACUACGGACGCAGUCUGCAGGCCGUCGUCCGGCUCGAGCUGUACCAGGAGGGUGCGGAGAAACUGCGCGCGUGGCGGGCGGCGAUUGCGCGGCGCCUCGGCGACUUUACCGAGGAGAAGAAGGACAAGGGGCAGUUGUUGCGGAAGUUCACGCCGGGCCGGCCAGGCGGGCUAGAGAGGAGGCGCAAGGAUGAGGACGAGGUUUUUGUUGGGCCUGCGCGGAUGAAGUUGGGCGGCGGACACCUGGGAGGCGGCGCGAACGAGGAUAUCCCGCUUGUGGAGGGGGACGUGCCGUUUGAGGAGCUGGGAACGCCGGCGCCUGAGAUGGAGAUUGGGAUGCAUGCGGAUGUUGAGGGGUUUAUGCGGGAUGAGGUCGAGGCGCCGGUUGAAGCGCCUGUGGUGGAGGGUGUCGAGGCUGCGGUGCCGGGUGGGGAAGGAGAGGGGAGACUCACCACCGACGAGGAAGAGGCGCGUAGAAGGCCUGUAUAACACUGUAUAUGUAGGGUAAACUAGGCGAGAGCCGGACUGUUGUAAGAUACGAUACCAACCCCAACCAAUACGUCACACAUACGACGC